GUUACGAUAUUAUUUCAUUAAUAAAGAAAAAAUAUAAUUUAUAUUUUCGAUUUUAUAAAAUGUUGUGACAGUUUCACAUUUUGACAGCAAGUUUUAUGUUUGAGCAAUUGGCAACACCAGUAUAAUUUCUUUUUAUUUCGGUUCUUUGCCGAGUUGUUUAGGUGAAGAGCGUCAGAAUGAAGUACAAUAAGCUCGUCACAUCCUCCAGGAGGAAAAACAGGAAGAGGCACUUCAGCGCUCCUUCUCACAUCAGACGAGUGCUUAUGUCUGCGCCUCUGUCCAAGGAGUUGAGACAGAAGUUCAAUGUAAAGUCUAUGCCAAUCCGCAAGGACGAUGAAGUUCAGGUUGUCCGUGGUCACUACAAAGGCCAGCAAGUCGGCAAAGUAGUGCAGGUGUACCGUAAGAAGUUUGUCGUCUACAUUGAGAGGAUCCAGCGUGAGAAGGCUAACGGCGCCAGUGCAUACGUCGGCAUCCACCCUUCAAAGUGCGUGAUCGUCAAACUAAAGAUGAACAAGGACCGUAAAUCGAUCCUCGACCGCAGAGCGAAGGGCAGGCUGGCCGCCCUCGGCAAAGACAAGGGCAAGUACACUGAGGAAACCGCCACCGCUAUGGAGACCUCGUAAAUAUAGAUUUUAAGACAAAUAAAAAAGAAAAACUCCUAAA